GGGAGUGGGGACAGUACUGGUGUCUGGUCCGUGAGGCCACACACGCGACCCUCUUAGCAGAGCUCGGUCCCCUGAGCGCUCCACACGUCCUGGGGGAAAUGCCGGUUCUUGGUACUGGAGGGAAAACAAAAGGUUCAGGUUAGAGAGCUGUUCUUGCGUGGGCCUUCACAUAGAAACCAUUUUGAUGGUCCAUCUAAAACCAGUUUGUACCUGUAGCUGCGUGUGUUUGUCAGAGCAGGCAGACUGUGCUAUGGUAAGAGCAGUCUGGAUCCCAGGGCUCAGCCCUGCACACUCACCACCUUGUGUCCAUGACGCAGUCUUGGACCAUUUCUCAGCCGUCUCUAGAGGCAACUCGGGGACCAGGCUCCCUUCGCACUGGGAAACCACCAUCUCCACAUGUGGCGUCCAGAGUAGCCACACAGAAGAAAAAGAUGUUGGAGGGUCUCUGGGUGGCCCGGCCCACCCUUGAGGGAGCCUGGGAAGUGGAGGCUUUUGUGCCAGAAGUGAUAAUAAGUGCGGAGAGGUGUGUCUCUGCCGGAGUUAGGCUCCAGAGUGCCCCCAAGGCUGGACGGCGGAGCGCACCGUGGAUCUCUCACCGUCUCCCAGGCAGUUACAGUCAUAUGUCUUCUUUUAUUCUCCAGGUCGCCAAUGGAAGGAUCCAGAGCCUGGAAGCCACCGUUGAGAAGCUCCUAACUAGUGAGAGCAAGCUGAAACAGGCCACCCUGGCCUUGGAGCUGGAGAGGUCAGCGCUGCUGCAGACGGUGGAGCAGCUCCAGAGGCAGACGGCGGAGCUGGGCAGCCGGGAGCCUGACCCCACACUGCCCAAGCCCUCGGGCGACUGAUGGCCUGGGGCCCAGCUCCUGCCAGCCCACAGCUCCAGAACAGGUGUGGCCACUGCCCUGACACUGUCCAGGCCUUAACUGAGAGAGACGAACAUGCCGGAGGAGAACGGAGAACGGAGCGUGCUUCUCAGGGAGGAGGCUGGCGUGCCAGCACACAGAUUCUUCUGAACUGACUCCCAGUGCAGGGGACGGACGUCCCAGUGUUUUUGUUUUUGUUUAAGUUUAAUUCUUCCCUUUUCCAGUCCUGAUUACUGUACUCAGUAGAUUAGAUGGCAUGGACGCGAAUAAAUGCACCUUUAUGUUUCUUUGUUGCUUUCUUUUUCAGCAUCACUGUGUCUGUAAAGAGCAUUUGUUAGUCCUCUGGUAUUUCACAAGCUGAUGAGGCUGGAGGUAUGCUUCCUCUGGCAAAGAUGUGUCCGUUGUUCUUCCAAGAGGGUUUGCAUGACUUACACCCUCAGCAUCACCAGUGGGGGGCAGUUGGCUCGUGACCAUUCUUGUUGGGGAAGCCCCACAUUACCCCUGGGAAAAAUCAAAAGUGAUUUAUUUAAAUUUGAUAUCUUAAAUUUGGUCACCAUGCUUGAUAUUUAAUGAAGUUUGUCUUUGAAGAAUAGUUUUCGUAUGUUUUUGCUUAGCCCUUAAGUGUUGAUCACAUUCACUGUAGACACAUGUUUUUAUGGGAAAAUCACCGGUUUUUAGACUGUACCAGGUCUGGCUCGCAUGUGACUGACAGCUGCAGACUUUGAAUAUUUAUUGUUUCGCUGUGGCGUCUCAUGUCCACACUACAGAGUUGUGUGUUUGUGUUGUGCCAUCAUGCGAUGUGAGCAGCCUUAUGUCCCUUCGAGCCUCCACCCCUUGGGAAUCGGAUUCCUUGCUGAAGUUGCCCAGCAUGUCAGGACUUUCAAGGGCCCCAGACAUUCUGGGGUUUUAAAGUCUUCAUACUUUCAGCCUGAAAUUACAUCAAAUGUGCAGCAGCUGAGAGCAGUUUUUCAUGGUAGGAUGUGCGAUUUGAAUGUAACUCACAGCCCAGUGACCCACUCCCUCAGGACGAGGAGAACCAGUGCCUUCAGCCGUCAAAAGGCUGCUGCCUGAUGUCAUCUGGUCGCCCUCUGAGGCCCUUCCUCAUGACACGCUAGAGCGGGCGGUGGACUCGAGAGGGGACGUGUAGGCAAGUUCACGUCUCGACAGCAGAACCAUGUCUAGUCUUUAUCAUCACAACCACUUCUGUUCCACAGGAGUUCUUUGACACCCUCUGUGGCAGGCGUGUCUUUCAAGCCUGAGGUGAACGGAAGGGUUCUUAUACCUGGAGUCUUUCUGGAUCUUUCCAGAUGUUUCCAAGGGAGGCACACAUGCUACCCCUGGUGCCUACACAGUUGGUUGACACCGGGGGCUCUCUACCAUUGCGCGUGUCAUAAACCACGAUGACAAGCCUAUAGCCUUUAUUAUGAAUUGUUCCACCAGCUGUAAUUUAUCGGAGUUAACAUGUGAGGUCUUCUUCCCACAUACUUUACUGUUUGAAUGUUUAAUAAUGUUGAAUUUUGGACAUCUUAUUACCAUUACUCAAAAACAUCGACUCUGCAUUAAAUAAGAUACAAAGCAAUAAAAAAUAAUUCAUACU